AUGAAGUACGUGGCCGCAAGGACAGCAUGUUUGAGCGUGAUUAAGGUUAUAACAGAACCUCUCAUAUUCAUUAAACAGGUCACAUAUCUCAUCAGCUCUCCAGAUCGCAUAUGUGAUGCAAUGGCGACAUUGAUCCUCGAUGGAAGGAUAUUAUGUAGAGUCACUCUACAUAUUAUAAAGGGAAUUGCAAUGAUCGAGCCUCUUUAUUGA